UGACCUGACCAAACUAGUAGGCGCAAAGGCGUCGUUGCUUUCACCGCACAGACACGGCCGUGAGGCUGUGCUAUGCCGCCCGGAUGACCCGUGCCACGGCCGAUACCAGGACCACUUUAUCCAGGGACCCCUCACCUCUCCCGCCUCUGCCACCGCUCCCUCCUCGCCGUCUGCACGCGCCCUGCACGCCCCGCUCGCGCCGGUCUGAUCUCUAGUCCGAUGGCAGCGUCCGCGCUGCGGCGCCCGGCAGAGGCCAGAGUGACCUUUGCUGAUGUUGCCGUGCACUUCUCCUGGGAGGAAUGGAGGCUCCUUGAUGAGGCUCAGAGACGUCUGUACUUUGAUGUGAUGCUGGAGAACUUUGCACUUAUAUCCUCACUGGGUGGCUGCUGUGGACCAGAGGAUGUAGAAGCCCCCUUUGAACAGAAUGUUUCUGUGGGAGUGUCACAGGCCAACACCUCCAGGGCAUCUCUGUCUUCCCUGAAGGCUCACUUCUGUCAGACUUGUGGUCCAGUCUUGAGAGACAUAUUCCAGUUGGCUGAGCACCAAGGAACACCACACAGCCAAAAAGUGUUGAGGUGUGGGGUAUGUAUGAAACAAUUUAAUUGUAGUGCAAACCUCCUAACACACCAGGAGCAGCACCUGGGAGCGAAACCUUUAAGAAGCAGUGUGGACAGGACCUUGUUUGUGAAGAGCCAUAAAUUCCUUGUUUCAGAAAAGCCCUUUAUUUGUGAUGAAGUUGGGAAGAACAUCCUGGCUACCUCAGAACAUCUACAGCAGCAAGUGACUCAUACCGGGGAAGAACCCAACAAAAUCACACAGUGUGGGGAAACUAGAGAAAAGAGAAAAACUCUUCUGACCUGGACAGAAUGUAAGAAAGUCUUCAGCCCUAGACAUACACAUGCUCAGGACCAGGACAUCCACACUGGAAGACAGUGUUUUGUGUGCCCUGAAUGUGGGAAAGCAUUUAGGAAUCAGUCCUCAUUAGUUGUUCACCAGAGAGUUCACACCGGUAAAAAUCUUCAUGUAUGUGGCAAAUGUGGCCAGUCUUUUAGGCUAACCUCAACCCUUAGUCGUCAUCAAAGAAAUUAUUGUCAGGCAAGACAGUACAAAUGCAGCAAAUGUGGGAAGUCCUUUAACCGAAAAUUUGUUCUUAUUUAUCCUUGGAGAAAUCAUACUAAAAAAAUACGUGACCUGUGCUGUGAAUGUGUGCAGUUGUUCAGCCGUAGAUCCAUCUUUAUUCGACAACGAAUGGUUCACUCUGGAGAAAGGCGUUAUGAGUGUAUGCAAUGCGGAAAAGCCUUUAGACGAAAAUUUUACCUCAUUGUACAUAUGAGAGUUCACACUAGCACAAGGCCUUAUCAGUGUAGUGAAUGUGGGAAAUGUUUUACCAAUAGUUCAGUACUUAUUUUACACCAGAAAGUACAUACAGGAGAAAGGCCUUUUGAGUGCAUUAAGUGUGGGAAAUCCUUUACCAGUUGUUCAAUACUCAUUCUACACCAAAGAGUUCACACAGGAAAAAGGCCUUAUGAGUGCACUGAAUGUUGGAAAUCCUUUAGCCAUGAGUCGUACCUCACUCAACACCAGAUAGUUCAUAGUGGAAGAAAGUCUUACGAAUGCAGUGAAUGUGGGAAAUCUUUUACGUCUCGUCCAGGCCUACGUUAUCAUGAGAGUGUUCACAAUGGAUCCAGGUCUUAUGAGUGUAGUCAAUGUGGGAAAUGUUUUACUUCUCGCCCCGGCCUUCGUUAUCAUCUGAGAGUUCACACUGGAAGAAAGCCUUAUAAGUGCAGUGAAUGUGGGAAAUCUUAUAGCCAAAGGUCCAACCUCAUCCAACAUCAGAGAGUUCACACAGGUGAAAGGCCUUAUCAGUGUAGUGAAUGUGGGAAAUGUUUUACCUCUAGCUCUGCUUUUCAUUAUCAUAAGAAAGUUCACACUGGAGAAAGGCCUUAUCAGUGCAGUGAAUGUGGGAAGUCUUUUUUAUCUGUUUCCAACCUCAGUAAUCAUCAGAGAGUACACACAGGAGAGAGACCCUAUGAGUGCAGUGAGUGUGAGAAAUCUUUUAUUCAAAGACAUCACCUUCUUUUACACCAGAGAGUUCAUACAGGAGAAAUGCCUUUUCAGUGUACCGAAUGUGGGAAAUCUUUUUCAGCUGGUUCCAACCUUAGUAAUCAUCAGAGAGUUCACACUGGAGAAAGACCUUAUGAGUGCAGUGACUGUGGGAAAUCCUUUAUCCAAAGACAUCACCUUCUUACACACCAGAGAGUUCAUACAGGAGAAAGGCCGUAUCCGUGCAAUGAAUGUGGAAAAUCUUUUGCAUCUGGUUUUAACCUGAGAAAUCAUCAGAGAGUUCAUACUGGAGAAAAGCCUUAUGAGUGCAAUGAAUGUGGAAAAUCCUUUAUCCAAAAAUGCUACUUUCUUAUACACCUAAGAGUUCACACAGGAGAAAGGCCUUAUGAGUGCAGUGUAUGUGGAAUUUCUUUUACCACUAGGAGGAAACUCCGUUAUCAUCAGGGAGUUCACAGUGGAGAAGGGCCUCAUGAGUGCCAUGAAUGUGGAAAAUCUUUUACCUCUAGUUAUGCCCUCCGUGAUCAUCAGAGAGUUCAUACCAGCCAAAGGCCUUAUGAAUGCACUGAAUGUGGGAAGUCCUUUAGAGCAAAUUCUUACCUCAUUGAACACUGGAGAGUUCACACUGGAGAAAAGCCUUACCAAUGUACUGAAUGUGGGAAAUCUUUUUCCUCUGGCUCUGGCCUCCGUUAUCAUCAGAGUAUUCACACUGGGUUAAGGCCUUAUGGGUGCAGUGAAUGUGGGAAAUCUUUUCCCAAGAGCUCAGCACUCAUUCGCCAUCGAAGAACUCACACAGGUGAAAGGCCUUAUGUGUGCAGUGAGUGUGGUAAAUCCUUUAUCCAGAGACAUCACCUUCUUGUACACCAACGAGUUCACACAAGAUGAAGGCCUUAUGAUCCAGCAAAUGUGGGAAAUCUUUUAAGGAUAGUUCCCAGUCCAAUUAACACUGGGCAGUUCAGUGCUAAACUGUAGAAAGGUGCGUGAGUUAAAAAAUGUGGGAAAUCUUUUAGCCAUAAGUUUUACCUUUCUUAACACCCGAGACUUCAUACUGCAAAAUGAUUUUAUAAGUGUAUGGAAUGUAGGAAAUGUUGUAUCUGGAGUUUGUUUUCUGAUAAUUUACACAGGAUGAAGGCCUAUGGUGUAGCAAAGGUGAAAAUUCCUUUACCCAUAGUUUCACAGUCUUUCACCACCAGAUAAUUCAUUUAGGAGAAAGGCCUUAUAAGUGCACAAAAUGUAGAAAAUCCUUAAAGAAUUCACCUUAUUAUACAGUGUAGAAUUUACACUGGAGAAAGACCCUAGAUGUGCAAGGGAAUGUGCACUUUUCUUGUCCGUAUAAUGACACUGGAAUAAACGAUAAGAAGCCAUCUGUCUGAAUUUGAUCUCAUAUAUCCAGUUGUCCACAGUUGGGAGAUUCACCAUAAGUUUAGUUAUGUGGGAAUCAUGUGUGUCUAUGUUGCACUUUCUAACCUGCCCAGGGCUCUUUGCCAUUUUCUGUUUUCAAAGUCAUUUCAGACUACCAUGUGGCAAGUCCCCACAGUUUGUGUCCAUUACCAUCCUGCUGUGCUGACUUGUGUUCUCUUGUGUAUUGGAGGAAAAGAGGAGUUUUCUUGAGGUCUUUGGAGUCACACUGGGCAAAAAUCCAAUCCUUUAUUGGCUCAGAGAAUAUCACAUGAGUCUGGCUGGAGGGCCAUGUUCUCCCAGGAAUUUUUCUAGUUUCCAAGUUACCAACUUGACCUCUUUGCUGCACGUUGCUCUGGUUUGUACAAUACUGUUUAAUUCCUUGCUGUGUCAGUUCUCUUUUAUUUUCUGAGUUCUAUUUAGUGAGUGGUAUAUUUCAUAAACAGAGUUUGGCUCCACAAGUAUGAAAGGUGAACGUUUUAAUGAGGAUCCCCAAUUUCGUGUUCUUCAUAAGGACGGUAUAAUGGCAAAAUACAGCUCACCAAUUUUUGCCAAAUUUACAUUCUUUCUAGGAAGGACUGCAUGGCUUUUUGGUCUUUGUAUGAAGCCUAGAAGCUAUGAAUUUUAGGAGAUUUAGAAAUCACCCUGUGGUGUGAUAAUCUCAGAUGUGAUCAUCUCAAGUACUUCUUGGAGCAGCAUGAAUUUUCCCAUGAUUCACAGGGGAUAAUCUCAGGGUAUGUUGAAGGGAACCUGUUUCCUAGGUCCUGCAAUGAACCAUAAGACCAUUGGGGUUACUGGAAACUGUAACUGCUACAGAAAUGGCACUGGAUUUGUAGGGAUUGGAGACUUUAGCCAACACAAUGGAAUGUGCUUCUUAAAUACACAAGCAUUUCUGUAACAAUGACUGUGCAGGAUCAGUGUGCACACAAAUCUUAGGAUCUCCAGGCAUGUUUUUUUUUAAGAUUUUAUUUAUUUUUAGACAGGGG